AUAGAGUUGUAUCCAAUUUUUUCUUCCUCUGUGCUUUCUGGUGGAUGCAUAUUUGAGCCAACUAUAGUUCCCCCAAUUUAGCUGUCUCAUCUAUGGCUUAAUCCUCCUGCUAAAGCAAUGUGACCAUUGUUGUAAGACACUCAAUUGCUAUAUUUGAAUUAUUAGUUGCCUCUGAAUAUAACAAAUCUAAAGGAAACAACUAUAAGAAGCCGCAUGAGAGUUGGUUGGGUGCCCGCUGCAUGUGAUAUCAUCUUCUCCGUACAAAGGUAUGUUUGUGGUUACUACUGGUGUAUGAUACAAUUAAUUGAAGACCAAAGCUGAUCUUUAUUGGCUUAGUGAAGGUAAUGUCUUAUUUAGAAGUAAGUGUUGUUCACCUUUGAUCCGUCAUCUGUUGACGUCAUUCUUUCCAGCCUGAGUACCUGGAUUAAAACCAUGGUGGAACCUUGAUUUUGUGAAACUGUAAGGUUUUGAGGGACGUAAUUGAGGUGGUGUGUAGAAGAGCAACUAGGGAUUUGGAUUGACCUAAAAUCUAUUAGUUUAGACAGAAAAGAACAUCAAAAAAAGAUCAUGAGACAUCUCAAAAACAUGAAUUAACAUAAAUUCUACUUUUUGUGAUGAAUAAAUCAACUGACUCAACAAACUUAAAACAAUUUCAGAUUCUGUCAGUCUUUAGAUCUUAUUUUGCUAUAAUCUGUUUGACUUGUAUAUACAUCUAUUGGGUGACCUCUUUAUGUUAUGCUCCUGAAGAAAAUUUUCAUUUCACAGAUUAUCUAGUUCUCAUAAUUAAUCCAUCUACGUGUUUUUUGCUUAUAGAAUUUAACACACAAAUUUGUCUAUUUAAUAUUUUCCUUUUAUCAAACUAUUUUUCUGAUGAAUUGUAGCAUAACAGAUAGAGCUCUGGAGUUGUCCAGUUUAAACUUAAGUGCUUCAUUUUUGUUUGAGAAUCCUAAUGGGUGUUUUUUAUAUUCAUUAAGACUGACAAUAUUUGCCAACUAAUAUCAGUGCUUGUUAAUAGCUGAAGAUUGCUUGAUCUUAGCCCUAAUUUUCAAUGUGCAUUUAUCUGCAGCACUAUAUAAGGACAGGUAUCUGCAAAUUUGGAUCAGCUUGUAGAUAUCAUCACCCGCAGGAUAGACAUAAUUCUGAUCCACUCUUGUUGAACAUUUGGGGGUUUCCUAUGCGUAAGGAUGAAAAGCCGUGUCCUUAUUAUAUGCGAACUAGUACGUGCAAAUUUGGAGUAAUGUGCAAGUUUGACCAUCCGCAGCCUGUAUCUGCUGCUAACGGCUUACAUGUCACAGGAUCUACUGCCUAUGGAUCUACGACCUUAGCAUUUAUGACCUCAUCUAGCAUACCCUAUGUAGGCGGAGUUUCAGAUUUAUCAAUACCAAAGACAAAUUCUAUAAUCAAUCCAUCUGUGCAAGGUUCCCAAUCUUAUAUGCCUCUUUAUCUAUCACCUUUUCAGUGUUGGAGUACAUACAUGGGAACCAUGGGUGGCUCUUCUAUUUUGGAUGAUCUUGCCGAUCAAACUUUUGGUGGUCAGAUACCUCUGUUGUCCUCAUCAUCUCACCAACCUGACAGACCUGAUCAACCUGAAUGCCAUGAUUUUGUCAAUACUGGGAGCUGCAAAUAUGGAGCAGACUGUAAGUACUAUCACCCAAGAAAUAAGGUUGCUCCAACCACAUCAAAUUUGUUAGGGCCACUUGGUCUCCCUCUACGACCUGGGCAAGCUGUAUGUUCGUACUAUGCUAUGCAUGGACUCUGCAGAUAUGGUCCUACUUGCAAGUAUGAUCACCCUUUGGCAGGAUAUGUCGGUGUCCCUUCCCUAGUAUUUAAUACAUCUGUCUUGCCAUAUCAGUGGAAUUCACCCACCGUACCCUCGACUGAGACAUCUCCCUCAAUGUCAUCUAAAUUGCCUGACCUUUCGAGGAGCUCUGAAGUUACAAUGCAGAAAGGACAGAAUUCAAAUACUGAAAAACUUCUGCAUAUCGGUGCCCCACCAAGUACUUCCCAAAGACCUUUAGAAGUUCAACAAGAUGAAUCCGAUUGAAGUCACCUAUUUUUCCCUUCUCUCCUGCCGUCUGUUUCAUAUUCAUUACCUUUAUAAGGUCUACAAUGGCAAAAAAGAGAAGGGAGAGAUAAACUAUUUAUCUUCAUAAAUUGACAGUUGAUGAAUUGUAGCUGAUUCCUCCAACAUGUUUUUGUCUCUCUGAAAGGGCAUGGGGUCAUCAUUCUUUCUCCCUUGGUGUCCUUCCUGGAUUCGCAUUUUUGUUCUCUUUCUUCUCUUGAAUUUUCUUCAGUUUUGCAGAGGAUAGUGAACUGUGUCUUGUGAGUGGACGGAAUUGUUGGAAGUCUAUACAGACUUUACCUUUUUUU